AUGGACAGGUACAAGUUGAUCAAAGAGGUUGGUGAUGGAACUUUUGGUAGUGUUUGGCGAGCUAUCAAUAAGCAGACGGGUGAAGUUGUUGCAAUUAAGAAAAUGAAAAAGAAGUACUACUCGUGGGACGAAUGUAUUAAUCUGAGAGAAGUGAAGUCGCUUAGGAGAAUGAAUCAUCCAAACAUCGUGAAGCUGAAGGAAGUCAUCCGGGAAAAUGAUAUCUUAUACUUUGUCUUUGAGUACAUGGAGUGCAAUCUUUACCAGCUUAUGAAGGAUCGACAAAAGCUUUUUGCGGAAGCUGAUAUAAAAAAUUGGUGCUUUCAAGUCUUCCAAGGCCUUUCUUACAUGCAUCAGCGUGGUUACUUCCACCGUGAUCUUAAGCCAGAAAAUCUAUUAGUAUCUAAGGACAUCAUUAAGAUUGCUGAUUUUGGUCUGGCACGGGAGGUUAAUUCAAGUCCACCUUUUACUGAGUACGUUUCUACACGCUGGUACAGGGCACCUGAAGUACUCCUACAGUCAUAUGUAUACACAUCAAAAGUUGAUAUGUGGGCGAUGGGAGCUAUUAUGGCUGAGCUGUUGUCUCUUCGCCCUAUUUUUCCUGGGGCUAGUGAAGCAGAUGAAAUCUACAAAAUCUGCAGUGUCAUAGGUAGCCCAACUGAGGAGACGUGGUUGGAGGGCCUUAAUCUUGCUAACACCAUAAACUAUCAAUUCCCUCAGCUUCCUGGUGUACCUCUUUCAAGCUUGAUGCCAUCUGCUAGUGAAGACGCGACUAAUCUUAUUGCGCGGCUUUGCUCGUGGGAUCCAUGCAACAGACCGACUGCUGCAGAAGCUCUGCAGCACCCGUUCUUUCAGAGUUGCUUUUAUGUCCCACCAUCUCUCCGUCCCAAGCCAUCUGUUGCAAGAACUCCUCCACCUGUCGGACCAAGGGGAUCAUUCGAGCACCAAUCAGUUAAACGGCACCCGGUGUCUCUUGGCAAUGCUAAGCCAUUCAACAGCUAUGUUGCUCCAAAGUCAAAUGCUGCUUUUGGCAGUGGCGUCCAGCGUAAACUCGAUAUGGCUAAACAAGAUGGCACGAGAAACACUAAACCUGUGAGAAGUUCUGUCAAAGACUCCAAAUACAGACCACCCGGAAGAAAAAGUCCUCCAGGGUCGUCACUGAACAAGAGCCGGGUCGCUCGCGGUGUAUCUGAGACUGCUGAUAAACUCGCAAACGUGAGCAUCGGAGGAACCAUAUCUCGAAGACAUUCUGUGUCCGUGAUGCAGCAACAGCAGCUGAAGCCACCGCCGAUGAAGGCAGGUUGUGUAGGAGAAACACGUGACAUGUUCCUUAGACCAACACAACCCACCACCAAUGCCUACUCUAGGAAAGUCGCCGGCUGA